AUGAAGCCCGCCAGAAAACAGGUAGACGAUUCCAUAUUUAAGGUAGGCCCGUCAAGAAUCGCGUCAGUCGAUCGUCCCGAUGCAUUCUAUAAUAUAUGGUACAACAAAUGGUCCGGCGGAGAAAGGACAUCAAAGUAUUCACGAGAAAAAGCAAAGACUCGGUGCAAAGUGGAGCUUGACGCUGGCGAAACAAAAGGUGACAAGAUGCCUAAUGCAUAUUUUUGCUUAUAUUUUGCUCGUGGUUGUUGUCCUUUCGGUCACGAAUGUAAUUAUUGGCAUAGAAUACCAACGGAGUCUGACCCCGUGGAUACAACGAUUGAUGUGUUUGGGCGCGAUAAAUUCGAUGAAUAUCGUGAAGAUAUGGGUGGGGUUGGAUCAUUUAACAGGGAGAAUCGAACGCUUUACGUUGGAUAUAUUCGCAUUGGUCCUAACAUGGAGGAAAUCGUUCGAAGACACUUUAGCGAAUGGGGUGAAAUUGAAAAAAUUAAGAUUCUAAAAGAAAAGGGGGUGGCGUUUGUAACAUACCAGUGUAUACUUAAUGCAGAAUUUGCAAAAGAGGCGAUGAGCAAUCAGAGUUUAGAUCACAAUGAGGUUCUGAAUGUACGAUGGGCCACUGAUGAUCCCAAUCCACGUGCUAAGGCAGAGUACAAACGAAAGGCCGAAGCAAUAGCCGCCCAGGCAAUACAGAAAAGUCUUCCCGCAGAGUUUACAUUGGUAAAUGAUGAUUAUUUGAUCAAUAAAAGGCCUAGAGUAGAUGAUAAUUUCGCUCAGGAUCAAUAUGGUCUUGAGGGAUAUCAAACUCCAUGGUAUCUGGAAUCAUCCGCCCAUAACGACAAACAUAAAGGUCAAAAUGCAGAUAUUUCAACUUUGACAAAAGACAUGGGAAGUGUAUCUGCCGAUCAUAAAAAAACUAUUAUCUCUGCAGAAACAUUGGAAAAUAUAAAAUCAAUUUCACAAAGUAUUGGUAAGGCCAAUACGAAAACGGACAUAGCUCAGGACAAUAAAAACAAAGCGCUAAUUGAACUUGCUGAUUAUGGUUCCGAUGAGGGGGAAAGCGAUGAAGAAGAAUAA